GGGGAUGGAGGUGCUGCCCGGCCGGGGUUGAAUCGUUGGCAGAUUCCGAGCUGUGGCAUGAGCGCAAUUGUGGGCAAAACAAGAAAAGAAUAAUGCCGUGAGGGGCAGAGUGGCUGCUGCAGCCUCUUCUUUAUAUAUAUAGAAAAAACAACGGCUUCCUGGUUAUGUAGAAUUACAGCCUGUUAAAGUUUUAUAACAACAGGCAGGACUUUUGACAGAUUUGAGUAAAUUUAUUUUUGAAAAUAGAAAUCAAGAGAGGACCUUGAACAACCGAGGGGGAACCCAUAGAAACCGGCUCUGAGAACUUCUGAUCCUUCCCUCCCUUCUGUGGAGCCGUUCUCCACACUUUCCUUCCUGCCGUGCGUAUCGGGGCCGUCGGAGGCCGUUGCGUCUGCUCUGUUUGUGCAGUUUUUUUUAUAACGCGCUCCGCCGCCAUAUUGUUGUGUGGCUCGGUUCUGGAGAGAGCGGGGUUGGUGUUGGUUCAGAUAAAGGGUUACUGGAAGGAAUCAGAGUGGGGAGAAGGGUGCAAAGAAACGAAGAAGAAACUGCUGGAAGAAAAAUAAUAAAGCCGUAUCUCCUCUUCCACGUCUUCCCUCCCCCUCCCCUCUUCAAUCUCACCCUCCCUACGCAACCCAGGCUCGCAGUCCUGGCAAAGGAGACCUAAUUCCUGGUGCUGAUUUACUGGAUAUUGUUCCAUGGACAGCGGCAGCCCUCAGGCUGUGCAAUGGUCUCUGCAACACAACCUGAGCUCGAGGUGGUGCUUUUAUGUACAGAUAUAAAUUGUUUUCCUAUUUUCAUUGAGGAGGCAAUUUAUUUUUCUCUUUCAACAACCACAUAGCUAGACAAAAUUGCAAAAAUCUGUCCUGUGUCGACUAUGACAGCCACGACCCGUGGCUCACCUGUAGGAGGGAACGACAACCAAGGCCAAGCUCCGGAUGGCCAAUCCCAGCCUCCUCUCCCACAGAAUCAGAUCUCCUCACCAAACACAUCAAGUGAAAAUUCACCAGUUAGCCCUCCUGAUGAACAAGGACAAGGUGAUGCUCCUCCUCAACUUGAGGAAGAGGAGCCUGCAUUUCCUCACACCGAUUUAGCAAAGCUGGAUGAUAUGAUUAAUAGGCCUCGUUGGGUGGUCCCAGUGUUGCCGAAAGGUGAAUUAGAAGUUUUACUUGAAGCUGCUAUAGACCUUAGUAAAAAAAGCCUUGAUAUUAAAAGUGAAGCAUGUCAACGCUUUUUUCGUGAUGGGCUCACAAUUUCAUUCACAAAAAUUCUAACAGAUGAGGCUGUGAGCGGCUGGAAAUUUGAAAUUCAUAGAUGUAUUAUAAAUAAUACCCAUCGCCUCAUAGAACUGUGUGUGGCCAAGCUGUCCCAGGACUGGUUUCCUCUUCUUGAACUCCUUGCAAUGGCCUUAAAUCCUCACUGCAAAUUUCAUAUCUACAAUGGUACUCGCCCCUCUGAAACCGUUCCUGCUGGAGUGCAGUUGGCUGAAGAUGAACUCUUUGCACGCCCACCUGACCCACGUUCACCCAAGGGUUGGCUUGUGGAUCUUAUCAACAAAUUAGGGACAUUAAAUGGAUUCCAGAUUCUACAUGAUCGGUUUGUCAGUGGGUCAGCAUUAAAUGUUCAGAUAAUUGCAGCACUCAUCAAACCUUUUGGCCAGUGUUACGAAUUUCUCACCUUACAUACAGUGAAGAAGUACUUCCUUCCAAUAAUAGAAAUGGUUCCACAGUUUCUAGAAAAUCUGACAGAUGAGGAACUGAAGAAAGAAGCGAAGAAUGAAGCCAAAAAUGAUGCUCUAUCUAUGAUAAUUAAAUCGCUAAAAAAUUUAGCUUCACGUGUUCCUGGGCAGGAGGAGACAGUCAAAAGUUUAGAAAUAUUUAGGUUAAAAAUGAUAUUAAGAUUGUUGCAAAUUUCAUCUUUCAAUGGGAAGAUGAAUGCACUAAAUGAAGUUAACAAGGUGAUUUCUAGUGUGUCUUAUUAUACUCAUCGCCAUGGCAGUCCUGAAGAAGAAGAAUGGUUGACAGCAGAGAGAAUGGCAGAGUGGAUUCAGCAAAACAAUAUUCUGUCAAUUGUGUUGCGUGACAGUCUACAUCAACCUCAAUAUGUUGAAAAACUGGAGAAAAUACUUCGCUUUGUAAUAAAAGAGAAAGCACUCACCCUUCAAGAUCUUGACAAUAUUUGGGCAGCACAGGCAGGUAAACAUGAGGCGAUUGUGAAAAAUGUCCAUGAUCUACUUGCAAAAUUGGCUUGGGAUUUUUCUCCAGAACAGCUUGACCAUCUUUUUGAUUGCUUUAAGGCAAGUUGGACAAAUGCAAGUAAAAAGCAGCGUGAAAAGCUUCUAGAAUUGAUUCGUCGUCUUGCUGAGGAUGACAAAGAUGGGGUAAUGGCACAUAAAGUCCUAAAUCUGCUGUGGAAUUUAGCACAUAGUGAUGAUGUACCUGUUGACAUAAUGGAUCAAGCUUUAAGCGCACACAUCAAAAUCCUGGAUUAUAGUUGUUCUCAGGAUCGGGACACCCAGAAGAUUCAGUGGAUAGAUCGUUUUGUGGAAGAACUCCGUACAAAUGACAAAUGGGUCAUUCCUGCUUUGAAACAAAUUAGGGAAAUCUGCAGUUUAUUUGGAGAAGCACCACAAAAUUUAAGUCAGACCCAAAGAAGUCCUCAUGUGUUCUAUCGGCAUGAUUUGAUUAACCAGCUUCAACAUAAUCACUCGUUGGUCACCUUGGUAGCUGAAAACCUCUCUGCAUAUAUGGAAAACAUACGGCAGUUUCACAAAGAGAACCCAGAGUAUGAUCCACAAACAGUACGAUCGGGAAGCCGCUAUAGUCAUGUACAAGAAGUCCAAGAAAGACUUAAUUUCUUGAGGUUUUUAUUAAAGGAUGGUCAGCUGUGGUUGUGUGCUCCUCAAGCCAAGCAGAUCUGGAAAUGCUUGGCUGAGAAUGCCGUUUACCUUUGUGAUCGUGAAGCCUGUUUUAAGUGGUUUUCAAAGUUAAUGGGAGAUGAGCCUGACUUAGACCCAGAUAUUAACAAGGACUUCUUUGAAAAUAAUGUUUUACAACUGGAUCCAUCUCUCUUAACGGAAAAUGGAAUGAAGUGCUUUGAACGUUUUUUCAAAGCUGUCAAUUGUCGAGAAGGGAAGCUUGUAGCAAAACGGCGUGCUUAUAUGAUGGAUGACCUUGAGUUAAUUGGACUGGAAUAUCUAUGGAGGGUUGUAAUUCAAGGAAGUGAUGACAUUGCCAGUCGAGCAAUAGAUCUGCUGAAGGAAAUAUACACAAAUCUUGGGCCAAGGUUGCAGGUUAAUCAAGUUGAGAUUCAUGAAGACUUUAUUCAGUCAUGUUUUGAUCGAUUGAAGGCUUCCUAUGACACACUGUGUGUACUGGAUGGCGAUAAAGACAGUAUUAAUUGUGCAAGACAAGAGGCAAUACGGAUGGUGCGCGUUUUGACAGUGCUGCGCGAAUACAUAAAUGAAUGCGACAGUGACUACCAUGAAGAGCGAACAAUUCUUCCCAUGUCUAGAGCUUUUCGUGGGAAGCAUGUGUCACUGGUUGUACGAUUUCCAAAUCAAGGACGUCAAGUAGAAGAUUUGGACAUUUGGUCUCACACAAAUGACUCCAUUGGGUCUGUUAGGCGCUGCAUCCUCAGUAGAAUAAAAGCCAACAGUGCACAUACAAAAGUUGAACUGUUUAUUGGUGGUGAACUUGUAGAUCCUGCUGAUGAUAGAAAAUUGAUUGGACAGUUGAACCUUAAAGAUAAAACACUUAUUACAGCCAAGCUAACACAGAUAAGUUCAAAUAUGCCAUCAAGUCCUGACAGUUCAUCUGAUUCUUCAACUGGCUCCCCUGGAAACCAUGGUAACCACUACAGUGAUGGGCCCAAUCCUGAAGUAGAAAGCUGUUUACCUGGAGUGAUAAUGUCUUUGCAUCCCCGAUACAUUUCCUUUCUCUGGCAAGUUGCUGACCUAGGCAGUAGUUUAAACAUGCCACUUCUGAGAGAUGGCGCUCGUGUCCUAAUGAAACUCAUGCCUCCUGAUAACACUACAGUAGAAAAAAUUAGGGCUAUUUGCUUGGAUCAUUCAAAGCUUGGUGAAAGCAGUCUCAGUCCAAACUUGGACUCGCUCUUCUUUGCACAGUCUGCCUCACAGGUGUUAUAUCUAACUGAGGUAGUAUAUGCUUUGUUGAUGCCUGCCAGUGCACCUUUGGGAGAAGAUGCAAGUGAUUUCCAAUACAACUUCUUAAAAAGUGGUGGUGUGUCCCUUGUUUUGGGGAUGCUUACAAGGAAUAAUUUCCUGCUAAAUGCUGAUGUGGAGACACGAAGAGCUGCCUAUCUCAAUGCACUAAAAAUAGCCAAAUUAUUGCUCACAGCUGUUGGUUAUGGGCAUGUUAGAGCUGUGGCAGAAGCAUUUCAGCCAGUUGUGGAAGGAUCAAGCACUGUUUCACCAAUAAACCAUGCUACUCAUAGCCAAGCUGUAGUUCUGCAAAAUGCUCUGCACAACAUUCCUAAUCCUACUUCAGACUGUAUGUUGAGAAAUGUAGCCAUUCGCCUUGCCCAGCAGAUUUCAGAUGAGGCACUAACUCAUGCUGAGGCCUCAAAAUACAUCCCAGACAUUUGUGUUAUUAGAGCAGUCCAAAAAAUUGUUUGGGCCUCAGGUUGUGGCUCAAUACAGCUUGUGUUCAGUUCUAAUGAGGAGAUCAGCAAAAUAUAUGAAAAAACAAAUGCAGGAAGUGAGCCCGACUCUGAAGAUGAGCAUGUUUGCUGUGAAGCCUUGGAGGUGAUGACACUGUGCUUUGCACUGGUUCCGACAGCACUGGAUACACUUAGUAAAGAAAAGGCAUGGCAGACCUUCAUAAUUGAUUUGCUGCUCCACUGUCACAGCAAAGCAGUUAGGCAGAUGGCCCAAGAGCAGUUCUUUCUAAUGGCUACCAGAUGCUGUAUGGGACAUCGACCGCUUCUUUUCUUCAUCACUCUGCUCUUCACAGUAUUAGCAAGUACUGCACGAGAGAGGGCAAAACAUUCAGCAGAUUACUUCACACUUUUAAGGCAUCUGCUUAACUACGCGUACAACAGUAACAUUAACUUGCCUAACGCAGAAGUUCUACUCAACAAUGAAAUUGACUGGCUCAAGAGAAUUAGAGAUGAGGUGAAGCGAACAAGCGAAACUGGGGUUGAAGAAACAAUUCUGGAGGGUCAUCUUGGAGUUACAAAGGAGCUGUUAGCAUUCCAGACACCUGAAAAGAAAUUUCAUAUAGGUUCAGAAAAAGGAGGUGCUAAUCUCAUUAAGGAACUGAUAGAUGACUUCAUAUUUCCAGCCUCUAAUGUGUACCUACAGUACAAGAAGAGUGGAGAGUUGCCAUCUGAACAAGCGAUUCCUGUCUGCAGUGCACCAGCUGCAAUCAAUGCUGGUUUUGAAUUGUUGGUAGCAUUGGCUGUUGGUUGUGUGCAAAACCUCAAACAAAUAGUGGACACCAUAACAGACAUGUAUUAUGCAGGUUGCGAAGCACUGACAGAGUGGGAGUAUUUGCCACCAGUGGGACCACGUCCAUCAAAAGGAUUUGUGGGGUUAAAGAAUGCUGGUGCUACUUGUUACAUGAAUUCUGUUAUUCAGCAGCUGUAUAUGAUUCCAGCUAUUAGAAAUGGUAUCCUUACUAUUGAAGGCACUGGUAGUGAUGUUGAUGAUGAUACUUCUGGGGAUGAAAAGCAGGACAAUGAGAGUAAUGUUGAUCCUAGAGAUGAUGUUUUCAGUUACCACCACCAUUAUGACAAACCAGUAAUUGGGAAAACAGAAGAUCGGAAAGAGUACAAUAUUGGCGUUCUGAGACAUCUUCAGGUCAUUUUUGGGCAUUUGGCUGCCUCCAGAUUGCAGUACUAUGUGCCUAGAGGGUUCUGGAAACAAUUCAGGCUUUGGGGUGAGCCAGUCAAUCUGCGAGAACAACAUGAUGCUUUAGAGUUCUUCAACUCAUUAGUAGAUAGCCUGGAUGAAGCGUUGAAAGCUCUUGGCCAUACAACUAUGCUCAGCAAAAUUCUUGGUGGUUCCUUUGCUGAUCAGAAGAUAUGUCAAGGCUGCCCUCACAGGUAUGAAUGUGAGGAAUCCUUCACAACACUGAAUGUUGACAUUAGAAAUCAUCAAAAUCUGCUUGACUCACUUGAGCAGUAUGUUAAAGGAGAUUUAUUGGAAGGUGCCAAUGCAUAUCAUUGUGAGAAAUGUAACAAAAAGGUGGAUACAGUGAAGCGUUUGUUAAUAAAGAAGUUGCCUCCAGUUUUAGCGAUUCAACUCAAGCGAUUUGAUUAUGACUGGGAAAGGGAAUGUGCAAUUAAAUUCAAUGACUAUUUUGAGUUUCCUCGAGAGCUGGAUAUGGAACCAUACACAGUGGCUGGGGUUGCCAAAUUGGAAGGAGAUGACAUCAACCCAGAAAAUCAGUUGAUCCAGAAUGACCAGCCAGAUAAUGAACAGCCUGGUAGCACGAAAUAUAGACUAGUUGGUGUGCUAGUGCAUAGUGGUCAAGCUAGUGGUGGGCAUUAUUAUUCAUAUAUCAUUCAGCGAAAUGGUGGAGAUGGUGAAAAAAACAAGUGGUACAAGUUUGAUGAUGGUGAUGUAACAGAGUGCAAAAUGGAUGACGAUGAAGAAAUGAAAAACCAAUGUUUUGGUGGUGAAUACAUGGGUGAAGUGUUUGAUCAUAUGAUGAAGCGUAUGUCAUACAGGCGACAGAAACGAUGGUGGAAUGCUUACAUCCUUUUUUAUGAACGAAUGGACACAUUAGAUAAAGAUAAUGAAUUAAUUAAGUACAUCUCUGAGCUGGAGAUCAGCAUUAAACCACACCAGAUAAAAAUGCCAAUUGUCAUUGAGCGAAGUGUACGGAAACAGAAUGUGCAAUUUAUGCACAACAGAAUGCAGUAUAGUUUGGAAUACUUCCAAUUCAUUAAGAAACUUUUAACAUGUAACAGUGUCUACCUGAAUCCUCCACCUGGACAAGAUCAUCUAUUAUCAGAAGCUGAAGAACUAGCUAUGAUAAGUAUUCAACUUGCUGCAAGAUUCUUGUUUACUACUGGGUUUCACACAAAGAAAAUAGUCCGAGGUCCAGCAAGUGAAUGGUAUGAUGCACUGUGUAUCCUGCUUCGUCAUAGCAAGAAUGUACGCUGUUGGUUUGCACAUAAUGUUCUUUUUGCCUAUCCAAAUCGCUUCUCAGAGUACCUUCUGGAGUGCCCUAGCACUGAAGUAAGGAGUGCAUUUGCUAAGCUUAUUGUAUUUAUUGCACAUUUUUCAUUGCAAGAUGGACCAUGCCCUUCACCAUUUACAUCCCCAGGACCUUCCUCUCAGGCUUUUGAUAAUUUAAGUCUCAGUGAUCACCUUCUCAGAGCUGUUCUGAAUCUACUGCGACGAGAAGUAUCUGAGCACGGGAGGCACUUGACACAGUACUUUAAUCUCUUUGUUAUGUAUGCAAAUCUAGGUGUGGCAGAAAAGACACAAUUACUUAAACUGAAUGUUCCUGCAACGUUUAUGUUAGUAGCUCUGGAUGAAGGCCCAGGACCACCUAUCAAAUACCAAUAUGCUGAACUGGGAAAACUUUAUGCUGUGGUAUCACAGUUAGUCCGUUGCUGUGAUGUAUCAUCACGCAUGCAGUCCUCAAUUAAUGGAAAUCCACCCCUGUCAAAUCCUUAUGGUGACCCUAAUUUGACCCAGCCUAUAAUGCCAGUCCAGCAGAGUGUGGCAGAUAUCCUGUUUGUACGAACUAGUUAUGUGAAAAAGAUUAUUGAAGACUGCAGCAAUUCUGAAGAGACCAUCAAACUGCUUCGCUUUUGUUGCUGGGAAAAUCCACAGUUUUCUUCCACUAUACUCAGUGAACUCCUUUGGCAGGUGGCAUAUUCUUACACCUAUGAACUUAGGCCCUACUUAGAUCUUCUGUUGCAAAUCUUGCUUAUAGAAGAUUCAUGGCAAACCCACAGGAUUCAUAAUGCUCUGAAGGGAAUACCUGAUGACAGAGAUGGGCUUUUUGACACUAUCCAGCGUUCGAAAAACCAUUAUCAGAAGAGAGCAUAUCAGUGUAUUAAGUGCAUGGUUGCCCUCUUCAGCUCCUGUCCUGUAGCCUACCAGAUUCUCCAGAGUAAUGGUGACCUGAAACGAAAAUGGACAUGGGCAGUGGAGUGGCUUGGUGAUGAGCUGGAACGGAGGCCAUAUGCUGCAAAUCCUCAGUAUACCUACAACAACUGGUCACCGCCUGUACAAAGUAAUGAAACCUCAAAUGGUUACUUCCUUGAGAGAUCACAUAGUGCCAGGAUGACUCUUGCAAAAGCAUGUGAACUGUGUCCUGAAGAGGAGCCUGAUGAUCAAGAUGCACCAGAUGAACAUGAUUCAUCCCCACCAGAAGAUGCUCCCUUAUACCCACAUUCACCAAACUCCCAGUAUCAACAGAAUAACCACGUGCAUGGUCAACCAUACACAGGUCCAGUGGCACAUCAUAUGAACAACCCUCAGCGAACUGGUCAGCGAGCACAAGAAAAUUGGGAAGGCAGUGAAGACAUUCCUGCAUCACAGACAAAAGAUUAACACAUAAUUCUCCAAUGUACCCAAUAAAGACACUGGCUCAAGCACAUGCCCAGGCCUUACAGUUCACUUCUCUGGGUCCGUCUACACCAGUGAAACAAAUACCUUUUUAAAAAAAAAAUACUGUCCGACCUGGAGUGGGAAGAGUCUAUUCACUGUCUGCCCUGCAGAGCAAUGCUGUUGACAUAUAACCUGCCUGCAGUGGAAAAGUGUAUAGUGUUUUGUAAUAAAUGGCCUGAUGCUAAUGUAUAAAUGGCAAGGUGUAUAUAGUAUAUUAAUGUUUGACUGUUAAAUCCUCAGCAAUGCAGAAUUGCUUGAGGAGUGUUGCAGACCUACAGAUCUAAGACACACAAAUCUAAUCUUUGCUUUAUCAGCUGUGCUCAGCUUUGAGGGUAACCUGCCGAAUGGCAGUGUGGAUCAGAUUAUUUUCAAGAUACAUGGCCAUGUCAACCAGACAGAAAAAAAAACAUGUUAACUCAUGCCACCGGAGUUGCUUUUACUUUGGGUUAUUUGAUGGUGACUUUUUAACAUUUGGUUGAUGUGGGACACUGGUGAUGUAUUGUUGCUCUGGAUUUCUUUUUCAUUGCCUUUUUCAUUCUGGUCUUAGUUGAAUCAUUUUGAAGCUCUAGUUAUGCUGUAACAUUUAGCAUGGCUUCACAUCAGAUUAGUGUAGCCAAUGAAAGAUGAUCCUAAUGACAGCAGUUUUUUAAUCCCUGAGCAAAAAACGUGCUCUGCUCAGAGCUUUUUUUCCUUUUCUGUUACACCUUGAUGGUUCAAUUGGAGAAAAAUGUGAGUAUAAGUGGCUUUCAAUUGCACAUAUAUUCAGAUCUAAUAUUUGACAGUCUAUGGGUGGGAUAAAGGAUUAUUAGUUUUGAAUUAUAGGAAUUUAAAGGAAAAAAUAUAUGCAACCGUUGCUAUGCCAGGAUGCCUGGAGCAUAAUAGACAGUACAUGGUGUGCUUGUUUUAUUUCCUUGGUAGAGCUUACUUAGAUUAACUUCUAAACUUCCCUCUUACUGCAACUCAGUGAAGUAGAAUUAAAUCAAGAUGUACAUGACUGACACAGUGGGGACAUCUCACUGAUUUGUUGCAGUCACAAUUCUACUGGAAAGCAGAAAAUUGUCUUAGCUCCUUGCCCAUCCUGUCAGCCUAAUUCAGAUAUAAGCAAGAUUGUAAUUUUAAGAAAAACUGCUGGUUAGUCAUGAUUCUUGCAGGAUUCUCACUCAAUUCCAAAAGUAGCCUUUUGUUUAUGGAUUUUGAGGAAAUAAUCAGUAAAUACUGUAUUUAAAAAAAAAUUGGUAACUUGAAUGUGUAUUUUUUUGGAAUUUGUCUCAAACCAAAUACCCCUGCAAAACAGACUCAACCCAUCCUAUUAUAUUUAAAUAUUUUGCAGUUUUAUUUUAUAGAAAUUAUUUUGCUGAAUUCAAAAGAAGAACAUGAAUUAAAAGGAACAUUUUGUCCUGUGUUCUUAUUUAAAAAAAAACAAAAAAAAAAUUGACUGUGCAGAGUUCCAUGCCAUGUGUGACUUUGGUUUUGGCCAUGAUGUGACAUUGAAUUCUGAAACUACAGUCGCACUGUGACCUUUCACUUGGAAUUUUUUUGUGCACAGAGGUAUACUUACAACUAAACUCCCCCUAGCAACAAUAAAGAAAUUGAAUUAUUGACACAGUGAACACUUUGUCUUUCAUUUCAUUUGUUAAUAAACUUGAUUUCUCCAAUGUCUGUAAACUUGAAGAAACAAAUUGCAGUCAACUGUGCAUUUUUAGGAUGAUGUCCAGUCUUAGAAAUAUCUGUUCAACAAUAGUUCCAAACAUUUCCAAGCAAGCCAAACCAAAAGGUAGUGUGUUAGUAAUUGCUUACAGCAAAGGAAUGUACUAUGCAGCAGCUGUAUUUUAAAUAGAGGUAUUGGGGAAGAGCAACACCAGAGGCUAUCAAUAUGAAGUAGUCAACAGGAAAUCCAUUUGGAGAUUGAGAAGUAACCUCAUCAGCCAGAAAGUGAUGAGAAAUGUUGAAGUUCCUAUAACAAUGAGCAAAUGAGAUGAUUUAGGGAAUGCAUUAAUGGAGGCCGGACGUGAGUAAGGGAGGAGAGGCUGAAGCAUGUUAAUGCCUAAUACAUUUACAUUAGGGAAGCUAGGUGGAGAGUUGAGUGGAUCAUAAAUGCCAUUGUGAAUUGUUUGGGCUGAAUAAUCAUUUUGUGGCAUAUGUGAUAUGGAAAGAUGAUUGAUAGGAUCUAUUGUAAUAACAGAAAUAUGAACGUUUACAAUCAAUACUGAACAACUGGAUGUUUUUUUUCCUCUCUCCAGUCUCUGCACAUGCUUCCAGUGGGUGAUAGAUUACCUGCUUUUUUUUUGUGUACCCCUAUAUUUGGUAACAAUCAAUCUGAAUAUGGCCCUGCCUUGGUAUUUGCAUUUCAGCAAGGAUAGUUUUGAUUUUAUCUUCAUUUAAUUGAUGCCCAAGAAGUUAUUGUUGUCAGUGAUAUCAUAACAGAAAAAUAAUUUAAAGUAAGUUUGCUUUUACAGCAUUGUGGUUCAUUUUACUCACUCAGGAAUAUGAAUACCAAUGGUUAAGAAGGGGAGAAAUGGUCAUUUUCCUGACUCAUCAGUACACAUGAAGAGAAGGUUGUCUGCUGCUGUGUUACCCUUACAGUAUUUACUGUCAGUGCUAUUAUGAAUAACAGUAUUAGAAGCUGCAGGAUAUCUAUAAAAAUUAUAAUCAGUAAACUUCAAAUUUAAGCUUGAUGUUAAACUUAAGGGUAUGAACUUCUCAUUAACAGAGGAAUUAUGAAGUUAGGGACAUAGUAUCUGACUCUGAAGUUGGUAAUCUAAACCUACACUGAAACAGGCCCUUUGGCCUAUGCAAUCUGUGCCAAAUUGUUCUGAGUAGUCCUAUUGAUCCACUGCUGAACCAUAACCCUACCAUGCAUGUAGUUAUCCAAGCCUCUCAUAAACGUUGCAGUCAACCCUGCAUCCACUGCUUCAGCUGGCAGCUCAUUCCACUCUCACCACCCUCUGAAGUUUCCCCUCAGGUUAUUUCACCUUUCAGCCUUAACCUUUGAUCUCUAGUUCUCGUCUCACCCAACCUCAGUGGAAAAAGCCUGCUUCCAUUUACCCAUUCUAUAUCCUUCAAAUCUCCCCUCAUUCUCCAACUCUCUCAGAUUUUGUCUUGUCAAAUUAUUCUGUAUUCAUCUUACUGAUCUUUUCCUGCAAGUGACUGGAACUGCACACAAUACUCCAAAUUCGGCCUCACGAAUGUCUUAAAUUUCUAUGUAACAUCCCAACUCCUGUACUCAAUAUUCUUGAUUUAUGAAGAAAAUGUGACAAAAGCUCUUUAUGACCCUAGCUACCUGUGGCAUCACAUUGAAGUAACUAUACAUCUGUAUUCCCAGAGCCCUUUGUUCUACCACAUGACAUAGUGCCCUAGCUUUCACUGUGGAUGUUGUAUCCUGGUUUGUCCUCCCAAAUUGCAACACUUCACUCCUGUCAGCAUUAAAUUCCAUCUGCCAUUUUACACCCAUUUUCCCAGCUGAUACAGAUCCUGCUGCAAGCUGAUAGCUUUCCUUGCUGUCCACUAUGUCCCCAAUUUUGAUGUCAUCACGAAUUUGCUGAUGCAGUUUACAUUAUCAUCAAAGUCAUUAAUCGGUGACAAACAGCUACUACUUGCAAGCACCCAGUAUGAGAGGCAAUUAUCUGCCUCCACUCAGCAGCUUCUCCCACUACGAAUGUUGAAUCCAAUUAUCUCAUCCUGAAUACCAGGUAACAGAACCUUCUUAAUCAGCCUCUCAUGGGAUUUUGUUAAAUCCCUUGCAGAAGUCUGGAUAUCCACUGCCUUUCCUUAAGUUUACCAAAUAAUUUCCUGUCUUAUUUAGACCCUUCUUAAAAAAAAAUACAUCAGCUAUCCUCCAAUUCCUCACCCAUGGUUCAGAACAUUUCAAAUUUCUGCUGGAGACCCUGCAAUUAAUGCACUAUCCUUCCCACAAGACCUGAGGGAUUUAUCCACCCCAAUUUGCUUCAAGACAGUAAACAUCUUCUCUUCUGUAAUCUGGAUCCAUGGCCUCACUUCUUCCAUUUCUUGAGUAAAUGGGUGGGGGGAAAAAUCCAUUUGAGGUCUUCCAUCUUUUUUAGCUCCAUGCAUAAUGGCUAUGCUGAUCUUCAAAUGAAUCUAUUUUGUCCCUUACUAGCCUUUUGUUCUUAAUGUGUAUAAGUAUUUGGUAUUCUUUGCCAUGUCAAUCAGAGCAACCUCUUAGCUUCUUUGAGUCCUCCUGACUCCAUGUUCUCUUGGCAUUUCUCAAGCACCUUCUUAACCAGACCCAAUAUUCCUUCAAAACCAAGGUUGCCUAAACCUGCUACCCUUUCCUUGUAUUCUAACAGGAACGUGCAACCUCUGUACUCACUUUUGAAGGCCUCCCACUUAUUGCAAGAAAACCUGUCCCACUCCACACUUGCCAGAUCCUUUCUCCAAUUUAGAAUCUCAAUCCAAGGACCAGUCCAAUCCCUCUCUAUAAUUAUCUUUAAACUAAUGAAAUUUUGAUCACUCGCUCCAGUGUUCCCCGACAAAUACUUGUCACCUGCCCUGUCCGAUUCCCUAAUAGGGGUACUAUUACACUCUCCAGCUGAAACUGUCCUGAAUGCAUGACAAUAUCCAUCUGACCCAGUUUUACAUUAAAAUCAUCUAUCACAACCGUAAUUGAGUAAUACUCAAAAUACAUAUCAAAAAGGAAGUUUGUAGAACUAAAAAGUGGGAGGGUGAUCGAAACAAUUUCUGUCAAGUGUGGCUCUUCAGAGUUAUAACCACCUUUGCUGUGUGCAGACACU